ACUGAAAUGCCUAAAGGUAAAGGUUACCCAAUGUUGUCUUUCAAAACGCGUACUCUUCAAACUUCCCUCUCGCCGUAUCCCCCAUGCGCAUGUGCUGUCAUUCGAGUCUCUGCAAUGGCGGCCUCCAUGGCAGCGAGCAGGUUUCAUAAGUGGAGCAAUGGCCAACUCUUAAAACACUUACGGAGGAAACUGUCGCCGUCCCUGAGAGGAACCGGUACAAAUGCAGCAGCUUGUCAGCCCAUAACCGACAAUGAGGAGACUGGGAAGACGUUUAUGGCUCUUCAGGAGGAGCGGCGAGAGCGUGCUGAGAGGUCUGUCCUGAUCAGUUGCCCAGCGAAGUCCAGCGAAAAGAAGGUUCUGAAGUUCCUGUCCAAACAUGGAGACAUAAACAACUGUUUCUUCUAUGACGGCUAUGGUACGUACGCAGUGGUGGAGUUUGCGAACAGAGAGGGCAUCCUAUCGCUCCAUGAAGCCACCACGCUGCCCAGCGUCCUACACGAAGCCUCCGUGCCUUUCAAAUCCCGCCUCCUCAGCCUGAGAGGCACCGGAAUGGACCAGUCAACUGGGCCCGCCAGCCUGAAACUCCACCCACACACAGCUCCACCAGUCAAUGACUUGAUCCAGAGGCUUUCUGCGGAGGAGAGUAUCGACCAGCAGCUGCACACUUUGACCUCCACACUGGAGCUGACCAAUGAGAACGUGGCUCUCCGCUUCCUGGUCUGCUCGCUCAUCAAGGACAUCGCCGGCGCCUUCUUCCCAGAAUGCACCAUUCGGCCGUUCGGCUCCUCGGUCAACGGCUUUGGGAAGCUGGGCUGCGACCUGGACCUCUUCCUCGAUCUGGACACCAUCAGUGGAGGGGGAGUCAAGCGGCCCUCAGGCCUGUCGGUGGAAUACCAGAUGAAGAGGGUGGCGUCAGAGCGUACGGUGACCCAGAGCGUGCUGUCGGUGGUGGGGGAGGGCGUGGAGCAGUUCGCCCCAGGGUGCGUGGGGGUCCAGAAGAUCCUGAACGCCCGAUGCCCCCUCGUGCGAUUCUCCCAUCAGCCAUCGGGGUUCCAGUGCGACCUCACGGCCAACAACAGGGUGGCGAUGAAGAGCUCUGAGCUGCUGUGGCUGCUGAGCCGUCUGGAGGAGCGUGUGCGCUGCCUGGUGUUCAUGGUGCGCUGCUGGGCGCGCGUGCACGGCAUCACCUCCUCCAUCCCGGGGCCCUGGAUCACCAACUUCUCCCUCAGCAUGCUGGUCGUCUUCUUCCUGCAGAGCCGCUCGCCGCCAGUGCUGCCCACGCUCGACCAGCUGCGCGACCUGGCCAGUCCGGCUGAUAAGUGUGUUAUCGAGGGAAGCGACUGCACUAUAGUGAGCGACCUGAGGAAGAUCCAGCUGGAACACAACACAGAACCCCUGGAAACAUUACUGCAGGAGUUCUUUGAGUUUUACUCCACGUUUCCCUUCAAUCGCAUGUCCAUCAACAUCAGGAAGGGUAAGCAGGUCCACAAGCCCGAGGCGGCGGCCCUCCACAUCCAGAACCCGUUCGAGUCGGGCCACAACGUCAGCAAGAACGUGAACGCGGCGCAGCUGGAGCGCCUGGUCGCCCUGUGCAGAGAGAGCGCCUGGCUGCUCGCCCACGGCGGCGCCUCCGUUCCCCCGGCGACCGUCGCCACGGGGACCACCAGCAGCACGAGGGCGAAGACGCAGCCGUGGGGCGUGGCGGCGCUGCUGAUGCCGGCGGUGGCCGAGGCGGCGGGGGUCAAAGGUCGCAGGAAGAAGAAACGAGAGCCGGCCAGCGAGAGGAUCAAGAGCCUCCUGCAGACACUCAACAAGCCCAAGUGACCACCUGGACAUACACACAUAGAGAGACACACACAUACGCACUCACACACACACACACACACACACAGAGGAUCGAAAACCUAGGCAAGACGGGAUUCACACUCACAAUCAGACACAUACGCACACACAAUCACAUACUCAUCCAACAGUCAUAUCCCAUACAGCACAUUUUUCCAUUACAUGAUGCAACGGACAUCGGCCACCACACAACCAUAUGAAACCACCAUACAUACUGUUUUCAAGUGCUAACUCACAUCCACACGUGUGAAAACUUGAAACACAUAGCAGCACCACCAAACACUACAUAAGACUGACCCAUUGAAGCGCGUUCUCAAUGAGGGCGAUUGAGUGGCUAGACAAGGUGUCUGGGUGUCUGGCUCUCACUCACCAUGGGGCUGGCUGUCUGUCUGUCUGCCCGUCUGUCUGUUUAAUCUGUCUGUCUGUCCGUCUGUCUGUAUAUUUGAACUGUGGCCCUACAGGUAAAGAGAACCACAUGUGCUGUGUGUGUGUGUGCGUGCGAAGGGAAAAAGCGGACUGACGUUUUCAAGUCAUAUUGUACUUUUCAGUAUGAUGGAUCAAGUGUGUAUACCUACUACGUACAUACUGUAUAUAGUAUUUCUCUCUUUUUUUAAAUAAAUCAAAUCCAUUCCAAACGUUGGAAACUGGAGAAAUGCA